UGUACUACGUAGUCCACAAUACUACUUGCCGUCGCCGCCGUCAUCUCGACCUCCACCGCGGACGACAGCGAGCGACCUCAAGCACGCUUAUCCCUCCUCGAGCUGCGCCACACCACGGCCCCGGCGCUCACGGACCGCGUCAGCGAGCUCGCGCAGUGGGCGCUCGACGCGUUCCCGGAGACGGUGGACCGGCACUCGGCGGCGUGCGUGCAUUAUUUGAGGGAGGACGGAGCGUUUGUGGUGCGGGAGUUGAGGGCGAGGGAGCCGGGGGAGCAGAAGCAGGAUGAGAAUGAGGAUGCGCGGUCGGCGAGUGUGAGGAUGUUCAAUCCGCUGGAUUUGCCGAAUCUGUUCAAGAGGUCGCGGCCGGCGGAGCAGCAUGGGGAUGAGGGUCAACGGAGUGAGGAGCGCGUAGAGCUGGGGGAGGAAGUGUUAGUGGGCGCGUUGGCGCCGGAUAGCACCGUAUGUGGUACGGCCGCCCUGGAUGUGGCGGAUGGCCUCAGGAUUUUGGCGUGGACGAGCGAGCAGCUGCUGGUCUUCGAAUAUGGUACCGACCUGAAGCAGCUGUAUACCGCCGAUGCGCGCGGUGUCGUCAGCGCACGAUGGGCGGAAGACCACUCAUACGUUCUCGAGUUCGAGGAUCACUUUGAAGUCUACCACCUUCAGGCCGUAGAUGCGGACAGCAACGCAGUAGGGGCUGGCUUACCGACAGUCAGGCCUAACUUCCAACCUCAGCUCCUGCAUCGUCUACCUGCAGCAGGACAUGGGGUGUUCUCCAUCAUGUCCUCGUCGGAGAUCCUCGUCACCUCGGGGCAGCCGGAAGAGGGCGUUCUGUACACGCUCACGGCCUCCGGUAACAAAUGCAAGCGGAAGGAGCUUUGGCACGCGCCUCAGCCCGCAUCGCACGCCCCUGUCAUCUCUGCGUUGUUACCGUUGGACAUUGAUAGCAUUGUUAUCGGAUAUUCCGAUGGACGCCUGUGUCGAAGCACCCUCGCCGAUCUGUGCAGCGGGUCGUCGCCUAAGGUCAAAGCUAACGCGGCAAUGCCGGGGCGUAUCGGGGGCUUGCACGUUGUGCGGCAUCCUCGUACGCAGGAGCCGCUGAUCGUUGCGGGAGGCGACGAUGGGUCGAUUGGGCUGUGGUCCGCGGACACCCUUACAUUACGCGCCCGAUGGACGAUCUUCCUUACGCCCCUCGCGCAUGUCGUGCAGCUGCCCGAUGUGAAGGGUACUCCGUUGCGCGGCUGUGCAUUGUGCGUGGCGGUGGAUGGCACGAUUGCGGUCGUAGCUGUCGACUCUUUGGAAAUGGUGUACAUGAUCCCAGGCUCCGUCGCCGCCUUGCGCAGAAUCUGCUUGCAAAGCAACAGCUUGAUGCUGCGUUAUGUCGACGGUCGUGCGAGGGUUUGGGAUACUGCGACAAGGGAGUUGUGGCGUACGGUCGGACAGGACAAGGCACAGGAGAUGCUACAGCAUGGCGGGUGGACAGAGUUCCCUCUCACGAAACCGAACUGCAUACCAGACCUUGCGCUGAAGGGGACGACGCAUCCUUACGCACCAUCCGACCUCGGUGCUGUACUCCAUCUUGACCUCCAACGCUAUGUCGCCGAGGCGAGCGCAAUUACAAAGGCCAUCAGCACAAACCGCGCACAGACUCGGGCGAUACUUGAUACUAUGGAUCGUUUGCGAGUGCUGCUUGGCGCACUCGUAACACCGGGCUUGAACGAGGGCAUCGACACGAUUUGUGCUCGUCGCCUUGGAGCGCCGAUGUCUGUGGUCCAUACAGGAAUGAGCAGUGACGGCUGCACUACUCUCUAUACGGGUGACAACGUACGCGCACCAUGGUGUAUCUCGUCCGAGACAUCCGCAAACCGAGCGCUGGCGAUCGUUGUGGUUUUGCGAGCUCUGGCGAUGUUUGAAGAGUACGCAGACAGUGCGACAACCGUCAUCACGUUCUAUGCGACAUCACUCGCUGCGUGUGUUGGAUCGUCAUACUGCACGCCGAGUUUGCCAUUCUUCGCGCACCGAUGGUUGGAAGGAACGCCGGAGGUUCGGCAUGCUGCCAGAGUCCUGUUUGAUGCAUCAGCUGUGCGUAUGACGGACGAGGAGGCAAGCACAGUGGUUGAGCACUGGCAACAUCAGCUUCCCUGCUUGCAGUCGCCGCCUGAGCAGGAGGCAACUAGCUCUGCUAUGGCUUUGUUCAUCUGUGGCUACCUAGCAGCCGAGAAGUAUGCUGUUAUGUCGACUCAUGUCCUCACUGACAUCUCCAAAUCCGUCGCGCUAUACCUGCACGACGAGCACUCGACUCACCGGGUCCUCGCCAUCGAGCUAUGCGCUUAUGGCUUCCACGUGUGGCAGCACUACGUUGACGCCAUGGAGAUCCUCCGCGCCCUUUUCAUGCUCGCCACCUCAGCCAAGAAAGACUCCAUCAGCACUCAGAACCCCGGCGGCCAAGCGCGCGCAGCCAUUCUUUCCAUCGCCUCUGCUGUGACGCCGCUCUUCAUGACCACGCUCAGCCUGGACGUGCUGAGUCCGUCGACGGCUGAGCAUAGGCGGAGUGUGAUGCAGGUGGUGGCGUUCCUGAUCCGCAAGAGGCCGCUGGUGCUGCAGUCGAGUCUGCCGCGGCUGAUGGAGGCGGUGGUGAAGUCGCUGGACCCGAAUGCGACGGCGAGCCGGGAGCUGGUGCUGGAUACGGCGACGGAGAUCAUUCGGCAGGUGGUGAAGACGUACCCGACGGUCGACUUCCACGGAGGUACGCAGCGACUUGCGGUCGGCACGAGCGAGGGCGCGGUCAUCAUGUACGACCUCAAGACCGCGAUCCGCCUCUACGUCCUCGAGGGGCACAAGCGGCGCAUUUCAGCGUGCAGCUUCUCGCCCGACGGCCGACGGCUGCUGACGCUAUCGCUCGAGGAGAGCGUGGUGCUGGUGUGGAAGGUCGGCUCGAGCUUUUCGAGUUUCUUCAACCCGGGUGCACCACCAAGGCAAGGGCAUGGGGGAUCGGACCCGUUCAAGACGUUCCCGUUCAAUGUGGGGGAGGAAGCGGAUAUGACUGUGACGGAGACGUUCGACCUCGUCAAGUUCGAGUGGACGGGAGAUCGGAGUGUGAGGGUGAAGAUACGACACAGCGUCUUAACCUUGAGCACGUAGCCUGAGCAAAGCAGCGAAACUUACCACCAAAAUACCUUACCAAGGACCCGUCGCUCGAGCUGUCGAUAUAACGCGCUGGCAGAUGUGUCGAGCAGCGCAUGAUUCGUGAGUGAUUGCUACAUAUGUUUGGAUAUGAUACAGCGGGACAUCCGUACGGCCACGUAUCCUCCGACUAACCCGUCUUGUUCUUGCUACGCCUGCCGACCUGCGCCUGGAAACCGCUCUUGAUCGGGUUGACCGAGCG